AUUUCCUUCUUUAUAAAUAGCACCUGCCCUGUUAGAAGUUGCCACUGUCCUUUCCCCAGCUUGGCUCUCCUACCAUUCAGGGGUACACCGAAAUGGCAUUCAACGGCACGUGGCAGGUUUAUGCCCAGGAGAAAUACGAAGAGUUCCUGAAAGCUAUUGCCUUGCCGGAUGAUAUCAUCAAAGCUGCCAAAGAUGUCAAGCCCAUCACCGAAAUCCGUCAGACAGGGAACACCUUUGUCGUCACGUCCAAGACCCCCAGCAAGUCCGUCACAAACUCAUUCACGCUGGGGAAAGAAACAGAAAUGACCACGAUGGAUGGCAAGAAAGUCAAGUGCAUAGUGAACCUGGUAGAUGGGAAGUUAGUAGCCAAAUCUGAGAAAUUCACCCACGAGCAGGAAAUAGUAGGCGGCGAAAUGGUGGAGACCAUAACAUCUGGCUCAGCAACAUUUGUCCGGAAAAGCAAGAAGGUUUAAAAACAAUGAAGGUGCCUCUGUUUUGUAGUUGAAUUUUUAAAAUAUGUGUGUGUGUAUUUGGAUAAUAAAGUGCACUGUGUAUCAUG